CUUAUUUAGUGUUCAGUUUAUCAACAUACACAGCGGGUGCCAAUUCUUGAGCAUUAUGUCCUCUCCAAUUAGGUUUUACUUCGAUUUGUUGUCACCUCCUUCCCGAGGACUGUGGCUAGCCUUGAAGUUCAGUCCAAAACCAAUCGAAUUCUGCCCCAUUGCCCUUCGUAAAUUCGAACAGUUGACCGAAGAGUACAAGAAGAUCAAUCGUUUCCAAAAGGUGCCUGCCAUAGUGGAUGGGGACUUUCACUUGGCUGAAACAAUUGCCAUUAUUCGUUAUCUCGCCGACAAAGGUCACUUUAGCGAACAGCUUUACCCGAAAUCCAUAGAGGCCCGUGCUCGAGUGGAUGAAUUCCUCGAGUGGCAACAUCUCAACAUUCGACUCGCUUGCUCAAUGUUCUUCCGGGAUGCUUGGCUAUUACCCAUCAAUGGUCUGGCGCCCAAACCGACAUCAGAGAAAAUUCAGGAGCUGAUUAGAACUGUGGAGGAGAAUCUGGUCCUCUUGGAAAUUUUCUGGCUUAGUGACGACUUCCUCGUGGGCAGUACACUGACCGUGGCGGAUCUUCUUUGUGCCUCCGAAAUAAAUCAACUGAAGAUUUGCCACUACAACGUCGAUGAGAAAGUGUUUCCAAAAGUUUUCAAGUGGCUGGAACGUGUUCGUCAGGCAACCAAUCCCUACCAUGAUGAAUCCCUGGCUUUUAUAAAUCACAAGGCCAAGCAGAACACUCUAGCUAAAUUAUAAAAUUAAAGUUUUAGUUU